GUCCAUCCAUUCCACCGUUGUGUCAGCGACACGGCAUGAAUCUAGGCAUGAAUUCAUUCGUAUUGCUCUCAUUCGAUAGGCAAGGAAGACAGCAGGCUGUUUAUAUGUAUUGUCAGACAGAUAUGAGACAAGGCAGCUCACAUAGUUCCCGGACGCCACUUGUGAGGCACAAUCAAUUCGUACCUUGUUGUGACCUGCCUUCGUACCUUGUAUCCGUUCACUCCGUUCUCGACCGGUCUGUCUGGAAGAAGAGACACACGCACUUCACCCACCCACCAGACUGAGUUCUGCCAUUCACCCAGCCAGGCACGCCCCUACUACAAUAUCACACGUUCUUCCUUCAUGUGCCGCUCUCGCGAAGGCACGACACACAGACUAGAAGGCCCAAGUCAUACACCAACCGCACACAGCGCCGAGAACUGACCUACUGCUUGUACUUUUCCAUGACCUUCCUCAUGCCCGGUUUCUCCGACGCCAAGUCCCACGGCGUCUUACCCUGACACACGAAAGCGCUCCUCUCGUCCAUUCACAAGUCUGUGUGCACUCACUUCAUAGCCUUUGAUGUCGAGGAGAUUGACUCCGGCCUCAACGCCCCACUCCAACCUGGACUCGCACACAGAGAGGGUGAGGAGAGAGCGGCAAAGUUGAUUUGCGUUAUUCAUUAGUGUCCCUCACAGCUGGGCCACCGAAUCGCCUUUACUGGCCUUGACAGCAUCAUGCAGCACUGUGUCUCUGAGCUGUGUGUGAUGCUCACAGAGAAAGGCCGUCAACGAAUGACCGAGAGAUCUAGCUGUUUCUCACAUUGGUCUGGUGUGUCAGCAUGUUCUGCUUGUCCUGCCCUUUGGCAUACAGGGCUUUCAGCACGUCAACGUGAUAACGCGCUGUGAUGAACGGUGUAGUGCCAGUCUGCAGCCCACAGACAGACAGACAGAGACAGACAGAUAGACAGACAAUAUCGACACCAGCAAGGCGUCAGAGACACUUGUGUGCUGUAACCUUGUCGCAUGCAUCGAGCAGUGUGAGAUCCCACUCCAGCAGCUUAUUGACAGCCGCGACAUGGCCAUUGGCGGCAGCCCAGUGCAUGGCGGUCCGACCAUUCUGUUGCAUUGCAUCACAACCAACAUCUCUUCAUUUGAGCUGAUGGACAUGCACCUUGUAUGUUUGCUUCAGAAUCGACGGCCCAUACGCGUCGUACAUGAGCGGCAUGGCACCGGCCUGACCACGCGAUGCAGCGGCAAGGAAGGGUGUGUCCUACAUGCAGCCAACAAUGAGAAUCUCCCCUUUGAAUCCUUUCUUUCGUCUGAUUACCCCGUGGUCGUUUCGUUUAUCCAGUAUUGCUACACCGUGAGUCUUGAUCAUUUGGGUGAGAGCCGCACACUCGCCCUUCUUCGCGGCCUUGAACGAGGCCUCGACAACCUCAUACUCGUCAGCCUGUCGAGGACAGUCAGGAACACACACAGCUUACUCCGAAGGCGCUGCUGCUGCAUGGGUCCAUCGGGGUGUACGUGUUUGAUGUUUGACGGUUGUGGAGACGCCGGUCGGCUGGCUGGCGCUGAGGGCGAGACCGGCUUGGGUGGGGGCGUGGAAGUCCCCGUCAGCACCUUGAGAAGCUGAUGUAGGCAACAACAUGCCGUUCGUCCAUCCCAAGAUGAUGCGUCUCAUUCACCUGUCCCGCUGUGGGCCGAUCGUUAGGCUCUAGGGAAGAACAUUUCUGGUGAUCCAUCCAUCACACACAGAGACAGGGAGAUAAGGGUUCCCAAAGCGUCGCAGCGUGGCGACGUCCGCUUACUUUGAUGACCUCUUUGGCCUGUAGGGGCACAGAGUCGGGGAUGUCGGGUGCCUGAGUACAAAGGCGGUGACAGUGCCUUCAGCUAUGGCGGUGACAAUGGACAAUGCCUCAGCUAUGUGCCGUUCUUUAUCGCACGUUUUCUUCAGUUGACCUGUCUAAGUCUUAUGAGUUGUUGGAAGAGAACCAGCAGCGAGACGCCAUGCAGCUCGAGAAUGAUGAUCCCGAGGGCCCAGAUGUCCGCCUUGGUCGUCAGAUUCUCAGCUACCAAAGAGUAAGAAGUUGACAAUUCUUUCCUGCUAAAUGUCGCUCACCGUUCAACGCAAAUGCUUCGGGCGCCAUGUAAAGCCUUGUGCCCGCUCCUGCAGAUGCAAGAGUGCACAUGGACACGUAGCCUGACUCGCGGCGGCAGCGUGUUCCUCUCAUUUGUCUGUCACCGCCUUGAGCCGACGCUGUUCUGUUGAGGUCAAUCACUAGCCCAAAAUCGGUAAUCUUGAUGUCUUCUUCCUUGGUCACCUGCACAAUAAAGAAACGGGUGCGAAUGGACGUUGCAGUCUUGCAACUUACAAGUAUGUUGCCGGGCUUCAAGUCACGAUGUACUAUAUUCUUGUUGUGAAAUGACUGCACGCCCUCACAAAUCUAUCGGGCGACAGAUAAAAGGGUGCUCUGAUUCAGCCCUCUUUGCCCGUAUUAGCUACUUACCUGUCUCGCAAACUUGUCGCGGAGAUUGGCCGGCAGAGGACCCUUCGUCCUCUCGAGAAAUGACUGCAGUGAGCCACCCUCGCACAACUCUGAGACACACGAAAGCAACCGCCAGGCAAGAAAAGUCAGAGGGUAACGAGCACAUGGACAACCCACCCACCUGAUAUGAUCAUGGGUCCGUAAGUUUCGUGAGAGCAGAUGCCUAAAAAGGUGAUGACAUAGGGAUGUUUGAGGGACAGCAUCGGCUCCACCUCCUUCAAGACGUCAUCAUAGAGCACCUGUAUGAAAAGAUCCAUCUCUAUUCGUCGGUCCGUGGAUCGGGUUGCUUUCCCACGUGGAUCGGUAUGAGUUUCCUGUCCUCCUCAUUGACGACCUUGAUAGCCACCGGCUGGUCUUUCCACAGCCCCUUGUACACUGUCCCAAAACCUCCCUUUCCUGGCCCACACACACAUUAGCUGACCACAUCUCGGUAUGCGAUUGGUCUCGGGCUCACCGAGUCUGUCUGCCUCGCUGAAUGUGAUGUUUUGCCGAUCGAUACGCAGGCGGGGAGCCGCCGCCAUGACGGACUGCUUAUCGCCCUUUCUCGUCGUCUACGAACACAAAGCCAAAACAAAGGGGUCGUGUGUGAUGAUCAGGUGCCCUCUCACGUCGUUGAUCUGCGGUGCCGGUGCCUGUCCUGAUAUAUGCUGGCCAGAUGGCACUGACACGCACACAGCAUUGGAUGCAAUGAUGUGUCCAGAUCAGCAUGAAGACAGACAGACCUGUUUGUUUCUUGUACUUCUCCAUGAUCUCUCUGAUGUCCGACCUCUCCGCCGCCAAAUCCCACGGCGUCUUAC